UCAAGUUCGUGUCCGGGUCCGGGUCGGUGUCAAGGUCCAGGUCCAGCCGGACCCCAUCCAUUGCCUCCCAUAAUGGGGAGAGCGAUUUUCUAUCUCUUAUCUUCGUACGUCGAGUAGCCAACCGAUGUACUAUGGAUUGAGGGAAAGUGGUUUUCUACCUCUGUAUUCUUACGUCGACUAACUUGGGAUUGGGCUGUAAGGUGAAUUUGGGACGCACCCCGGAUUGCGUUCCACGCUCCAACUCGCCCCCUACAAAAACGCUAAGCCAAUCGUCCGUACCCGCCCAGAUCAUGCCAUCCUGAGGCGCCAUUGAUCGAGCGGAGGUACGCCGGAGCAAUGGCGUCAGCCACCACCGGCCGAGCAGUGGCAUCAACCACCAGCUCGACCUGUAGCUGCCCCACCAACAUCUUCUCUGGCAUCACCGCAAAUGAGACCGCACAGGCACUCUUCCUUCUCGGCACCCAGGUGUGCGUCCUCCUCGUCGCCGUCCACCUCGUGCGCAUGUUCCUCAAGCUGGUGCGCCUCCCUCAGUACAUGGCCGAACUAAUUGCUGCGGGUUUGAUAGGUCCAUCUGGGUUGGGCCAGAUCUGUUGGGUUAAGGCCGCAUUGUUUUCACCUGCAAGCAUCCGUGCGCUCACAGGUUUCUCGAGCGGAGGUGGCCUCUACAUCGCUUUCGCCAUUGGCCUUGAGAUGGACCCGUCGCUCAUCUGGAGCUCAGGGCGGCGAGCCCGGCUCACGGUAUUUAGUGGCCUGGCUAUCUCCACUGUAUUGGGCCUCUCCACAUCAAACUUGCUUUGCGAAAUGCUCGGUAUGCAGACUAACUGCGGCCAUCUCCGCCUCAUGAUGCCACUCCUCAUCGCCCUCACGGGCUCCCCAGCAAUGAUCCGACAUGCCACGGAGAUGAAACUGGGCACCACAGAGGUGGGCCAGCUGGGCUGCUCUGUGGCGCUGCUCAACGAUGUGUCGUGCCUCACGGUAAUGUCGAUGGUGUCUCUGUCGCCCGUCUUCUACAAGACCUCAUUUAAAGGCAACCUGCUCGAGUCCCUGGUGGCAAUAGCUUACCCUCUGGUAGCCUACCUCUUGGUCCGGCCCUGCGUGAGACUAGUGAUGCACGACAAACAGAGCCACAUGCAGCUUAUCGUGGUGAUGGCGAUGGUUGUGGCAUGCACUGCAAUGGGGGAGGCAGUGGGAUACAAUGGGCUGGUGGCGAGCUUCAUAUUUGGAAUUCUGGUGCCAAGGGAAGGGGGUGUGGCGACGGCUCUGUUGGACCGUCUAUUCUUCCCGGUGAGGUACAUAGCGCUGCCGAUGUAUUUCACCUUUGCAGGGCAGCUUGUGAACCACAGGGUUAACUGGGAUGGAGGAACGAAGGGGCCGGCGUCAAUGGUGCCUAUUCAGGCAGUACUGCUCGUUGCUGUCUUAUGCAUGACCUCAAAGCUCUCAAUAUCAGUGGCCAUGGCGUGGUUGUACAAGACUCCCCUGCAUGAGGGCCUCAUCUUGGGUUUCCUUCUCAAUGCCAGGGGCUUCCCCGACUUGAUAUUUAUCGUUACUGGUGAAGAGCACCAUAUGCUAGAUAUUCGAGUUCAAUCGCUGGUUAUGAGCAGUUCCGUCCUCAACUCCAUAUUCGCAGCCCUUGCCGUGCUUGCCAUAAUGACAGUCACCAAGAGGCCCAAGGUGGUGGCGUACUCACACCCAAAGAUAACGAGACAACGCCAUACUCAGCAGAUGCGCCUACUGGUGUGCUUACAUAACAUCAUCGACAUGACUGGCACGAUCAAUCUAAUCGAGGCAUUUCGUUGCUCUGGCGCCUCGCCUAUUGCCAUCUACACUGUACACCUAAUUGAGUACAACGAGCGCACAGCUGCUCAAUUACUCUAUCGACGGGAUAUUACAUACACAUUGGUAGGGGGAGAGGCAAAGAAAAUAGCUGCCGCGAUUCAGGCAUAUGUUUUCGAGGCCGGAAUAUCGUUGCAGCAUUGCACAGCCGUCUCCUUCUUCUUCAACAUGCAUGAGGAUAUCUGCCACAUUGCUGAGGAUAUGGAUGCCACCUUCAUUAUCCUCCCUUUCCACAUGUUCCAGAGAUUUGAUGGCAGGAUGCAAUUACGACAUUCAGAUUUAAGGUGGCUUAAUAAGAGGAUGAUACAUAAUGCACCAUGUCCUGUGGGGAUACUCGUCGACCGGGGGCUUGGAGGUACCACCCUGAGGUCGGCCACCCACAUGUCCCAUAACGUCAUCGCACUCUUCUUCGGGGGACCGAGUGACCGUGAGGCCCUAAAACUAGUUAGCAGGAUGGUCGAGCAUCCAGGCAUCAGCUUCACGCUCUUGCGCUUCUUACCAUCCAGCAUGAGCGAUUCACCAGAAAGCACAAGGCCUUCGAACACUUCAGAGAAUGCAGUGAUUCCUAAAAUACCCCAAGCUACUUCAAUAGGGAGCAACACUGUCUUUAUCUCCUUUGGCAUGAAAGAGGAGGCCCUAGAUGAGAAGUCUCUAGAAAAAUUCAGAAGAAUGUUCGUAUACACUGGGAUUGCGUCGUACAAAGAGAUGCCAAUGAAGAUGGGUCAAGAGAUGGUUGCAACAUUGGAAGCUUUAGAUGCCGAGUCCACACUGUUCAUUGUCGGAGGCGGGGAGCCGCAGGCAGAUGUAGGGCUGAGCGGUUGGGCGGAGUGCCCAGAGUUGGGCCCUAUUGGGGACCUCUUGGCUUCCUCAGAUUUUACCAUUACCAGUUCAGUUCUAAUUAUAAGCAAAUGCUUUCCUGGCCAAAGAAAUUCAUGCUAGACGCUAAUAUGGUGGUUUACUUACUUGUUAAAAAGUCUAAAGUCUUUGUAGAGGCCACCAUUUGGUACUCUAGGCCUCCAGAUUUCCUUACCGUCCUUUAUUUCAAGAUGGACAAUGAUUUUAUUGUAGGGUUGUAAAAUAGUAUGAUGUGAUUUUCUUAUAUUUUAUUAAUGAAAAAAUAGGUAGGGGGCCUU